AAAAAACCUGAUUCACUUGAUUCAUUAAUAUUAAAACAGUCUCAUCAACGUGUAACCAUAUCUUGCUAUAUGUAACCUUCAAACCCUUCUGCUUUCUUCAUUACCCUUUGCCUUUCUUCGGUUAAAUUAUGAAGGAUGUUUCAAGAAACAAGUUCUUGCUCUGUUUCCGACCCGUUAUCGACAUGGAUCGAUUUGUUCUCGACUCCAAAGCAGCUGUUAAGCGCUCCAACAAUCAGCAUUUAUCAUAUGUUGGAGCUGAACAGAAUAAGAAUGUGAAGCAUUUAAGGUCCAAAUCUUCGCUUUUGGAUUAUAAAUCCUCAACAAAUUCAGAAAAUUCAUUGAUUAUUCAUUCUCCAAGAAAGACUUGCCUCUCCCGAUUGAUCAAAGCAGUUUCUUUUCAGUCUAUUUUGCCCAAGAAGGUUCGGGAUGAAAGAGGUUUAAGCCAAGAUUUAUAUGGAUCAAAGCAUAAUUCCUCUUCAUCGAACAGCACAGAAUCUUUGAAUACAAGUGAUGAUGAUUCGGUUAAUAACGUAGAGAUUAAAACUAGUAAGGUGUCUUCUCCUUCUUCAUCAUCUUCAUCUUCAUUCAGUUCUUGCUCAUCGGGUUCAACUUCAAUAUCACAACCAAAUAAUAUCUCCAAAUCUUUAUCGAACACAAUGGACUAUUCAAGAACAAAUCAAGAACAAGAAUCCAACCCAAAAACCAUGGGCAACACUGGGAUAUAUUUGCUGCUUUUUAGUCUCACAGUGACAGCCUUUCUGGGUAAGCUCUUUGCAAUAUUCUUCACAUCGAUUUUGCUAUAUUUUGUUUCUCGCAAGCACGUUCUGUACAGUAUUAGCCCAGCAGGGUAUCUGACAAGUUUGCCACAGAGGAAAGAGAGCAAAGAGUACGCGAUCAUAAUGGAAGGGGUUCUUGAAAAGGACCAAAACCAGUUACAGAGAAGCUAUAAAUUUCUGACAUGAAAAAUUCUCUCUUUCGUGUUUGAUGCUGUCUUCUCUCGGCCACUGGCUUUUCAACCAAACAGAGCCUUUGAACUUGUUUGGGGAAAUUUUUUUUUUUAUUUUUCCUAAAGAGGGAAUGGUUUUAGGUUUUCUAAAACCUUCAAAAGUCUUACUUUUUUUAAUUCAUCGAACUAAUUUUAUUUUGCUUAAA